CCGCUGUUUGUAGUCUUCUGAUCACCAGUCUUCCCAGGGAUCAUUGCGACCCAGGGCACUGCGCAUGCGUGUACCGAAGUGACCUAUCCCAUAGUUCCUAGGAACCAUCAUGGCGGAAAAAGAUGAAGGUGGGAGGGCGGACAGCAAGUUGUCCAGGUUUAAAGGAGGAAUGUUCCUGGCUGCAGUGGCUGGAACCGGUUUGCUGGCAGGCUUCAGCACCACACUGGGGAUGACCAAGAAAAAAAGUCCAGACAUGUUUGAUAAGGGGGUGGCUGGUGGUCCGGGUAUAGAGAGUGGAGUUUCGGUUGGACUGAGAGCUCUAAAAUGGGGAACGUUCUAUGCAGUAGUUGGGGUUGGAAGCCUUGCCUUUCUUACAUUCAAGAUCCUGGGUGUCAGUAAUUUAGCAGAGUUUCGCACAGAGAUGCAACAGAAGCUACCAAGAAUACCAAAGGCACGAACAAAAAAUAGGGUUGAAAACUUGGACUCUUUAUUUGGGAUUGAGAAUGACACCACAGAGGCAGAGAGAUAGCCAUCAAUGUGCUUUGCUGUACUCUGGAUUACAAAGUUAACACUUCUUUGAAAAACAAGUGAGAAGAAUUGUAGUAAGUGACAGAUAUUGAGAUAUACUAAUGUUUCCCCCAUUGAAGUCAUCAUUGCAGUGCGAUGGACAUCCAACAAAAUGUGUCCACCAGUUAGUGGAUGCUUGUAGCAUAAGGUAAUCAUUGAAGUUUUAGAAAAGGUAACUUUGCUAGCUACGAUAGGGAUUGUUGUUAAAAUGUCAAAGAAGAUCAUCAUAGUUACCUUAAAGAAGAUAUUUCCUUUGCUUAUGGUAAGAAAAGUAAUUUGUUUUGUGAUUGUAUGUUCUAAAUUCUAAUAUGAUGGCAUGAUUUAGAAGAAUUUACUUUCAUCACCAUGACUUACAUGUAGCAGAAAUACCUUUUGGUACAAGACACCAACUUCACAGCACAUAUAGACAAUAAGAGGUUGACAUAUACUAUAUUAGGUACUUAUGUGGUGUCUAUACAUGCAUGUAUCUGGUAGUAACGUAAAUAUCAUAACACAUCAGGAUUUAUUUACUUACUGAGUUAAGAGUAAUAUUAGAGACUGUGCAGCAUCAUUUUAUUCAGUAAAUCGAGGAUGUAAGGCAAAGUUAGAAUUAUUAUCGUGUGUACACAUCAUGUGUUGGAUAGAAAUAUUGUUAGAGUGUGCAAAUUAAGUUUCACACAAAAUCUACUACGUAUUCCCCCGAAUAAUUUCCCACAGAGGGAACAGCAUCUAUGAGACAUGCAAUUUUUUCACUAUGACAAUUCAUUUGUUGUACAAUUGAUUGGCCACAUUACAACUGUAAGAAUGGAUGCUGUUUGCAAAUAAAGCUCUCAAAGUCAAACAGCUUUUGCGGCAGUUGAUGUACAUGUAGAUCUACGUAUUUCAUCAAUAUUAAAGUUAAAGUUGUC